CCCUAUAAAUACACGUUUCCGCUUCGAAAGCCUUUCGUUUUCUCUCUCCGGAGUCUGCGAGGGUGCGACUCUUUCGAAGCCCCUUCAUCCAAAACCCUAAUUAUUCCAUUGUUGUUUCUCAACUUUCAGAAAAUGGCCGACUCUCCUCGCAAAAGGGUCUCACAUUCUCCUUCCCCACGGAGAGCUCCAUCCAGGUCCAGAUCAAGGUCUAGGUCUUGGUCAAGACCAGUAUCUAGGUCAAGAUCUCGAUCCUGGUCAAGGCCGAGGCCUAGGUCCCGAUCUCGAAGCCGUGGCAGAUCAAGGUCCAGAAGUCAUGGCAGACCUGAAGCUGUAAAUCCUGGAAAUACACUAUAUGUGACUGGUCUUUCAACAAGGGUUACAGAAAGGGAACUCGAAGACCACUUCUCGAGAGAAGGAAAGGUUGCUUCAUGUUUUCUGGUGGUGGAGCCUCGUUCGCGUGUUUCCCGUGGUUUUGCCUUUGUUACAAUGGACAAUGUCGAUGAUGCUGAGCGGUGCAUCAAGUAUCUCAAUCAAUCAGUUCUAGAAGGCCGAUACAUAACUGUGGAGAGGUCUCGAAGGAAGCGAGCAAGGACUCCAACGCCUGGCCACUAUCUUGGGUUGAAAAGCACCAGAGACCACGGCUACCGUGGUGGUGGCGGUGGUGAUCGUGACAGGGAUCGUGGUGGUGGUGAUCGUGAUCGUGAUCGCAGUAGGUAUCGUGGUGGAGGCGGGGGUCGUGAUGACUAUGGAUAUCGUAGGUCCCCAAGACGCUCACCAUAUCGAGGGGGUCGUGAUUAUUCUCCCAGGCAUUCUUCUCCUUACGGCGGAAGAUCAAGGAGGGACCGGUCAAGGUCACCUUAUGGCAGCCCAGAAAGGAAAUAUGUUAGAGGUUGAAUGGCUCCAACGUUUAGGGAACUAUUGCAAUGUAAUGACAUGUGGAUUUGGAGUUUGUUACCCUUACCCGGUUAAAUACUCUUUAGUUUGUCGUAAUUUGUUUUCAUCGUUUGUUCACUUGUAUCAAGGUGGAAUAUCUCGUUUUGGGUUCUGUAAUACGUUUGAAUUGAUUUAUGUUAAGGAUGCUUCUCUCUUUCUCUCGUUGAAAUAGCAUGGAUUUUCUUUCU